CGCUUUGUCGUAAAAGUCCAGUGUAGUCAACCUCUAAAUGCUGAUAAUACAAAAUAAAGAUGAUGCUCUAAUGAGGAUUUCCCAGAGAUCAGAGGCUGAUCAGGGGGCGCAGACAUCUCCUCUGGGACAUCUGGAGGUAGCUCUGACUCACAAUCUGUAAAAGCUGUGAAAGCCUCCAGAACACGGUUGUGAUCACAUGCAGACUACGUCUGCCUGCCUUUCUGCGAUACAAGGGGAGUUACCCCAGCAUAUGGUUUCAGCAUGCUGUAGAGGGAGUGUGUGUUUAAAUUUCAGAGCUGCAGCUGGAUCCGUCCCAGUUCUUCAGCAGCAUAAAUAUCUGGCCUUCAGCAUAGCAGUGGAAAUUCAUGUUGUGUUCUCUUGCAGAUUACUUCGGUUUUCAGCUCUCCAUGCUGACAUGGUAACUAAACGGUGGCUUUUACCAACAGGCAGACGGGGACAGCUGCUCCAGAGAGGCUAGCAGGAACAGCCUGGUAGGGUCCAUCUUGGAUAGACACGGAUGAUGCCAGAGCUAUGAGAGGGAUUGCAGUCUUGGCACUGAGGGGUGAUCAAUUAUGGAACAACUACAGGAGGAAGUACCUGAGGUCAGGGAAGAGGAGGAGGAAGAGGAAGAGGCAGUGAUGGUGGCAAGUGGAGCCUCAGACCCAAGUGGAGGACCAGACAGCUCGCUGCCUUCAAGCAGCUACACAGACCUUUCGCAGAGCUCCUCUCCCUCCCUGUCGGACCAACUGCAGAUGGGCUGCGAGGAGGCGGCCUCAGGAACGCUGAAUGUGGAGUGCAGGGUCUGCGGAGACAAAGCCUCGGGGUUUCACUACGGUGUGCAUGCCUGCGAGGGCUGCAAGGGUUUCUUCCGCCGGACAAUCCGCAUGAAGCUGGAGUAUGAGAAGUGUGAGCGGAGCUGCAAGAUUCAGAAGAAGAACCGGAACAAAUGCCAGUAUUGCCGCUUCCAGAAAUGCCUCUCACUGGGCAUGUCACAUAAUGCGAUCCGCUUUGGCCGCAUGCCAGAGGCAGAGAAGAGGAAGCUGGUGGCAGGGCUGACGGCGAGUGAGAUCAGCUGCCAGAACCCGCAGGUGGCUGACCUGAAAGCUUUCUCCAAGCACAUCUACAACGCCUACCUGAAAAACUUCAACAUGACCAAAAAGAAGGCGAGGGGUAUCUUGACCGGGAAGGCCAGCAGCACCCCACAGCCUUUUGUGAUCCAUGACAUAGACACCUUGUGGCAGGCAGAAAAGGGGCUGGUCUGGAAACAGCUAGUGAACGGGAUUCCCCCCUACAAGGAGAUUGGGGUCCACGUCUUCUACCGCUGCCAGUGCACCUCGGUGGAGACUGUGCGGGAGCUCACCGAGUUCGCCAAGAGCAUCCCCAGCUUUGUAGGCCUCUACUUGAAUGACCAAGUGACUCUGCUCAAGUACGGGGUGCAUGAGGCCAUCUUUGCAAUGCUGGCCUCUAUCAUGAACAAGGAUGGCCUGUUGGUGGCCAACGGGAAUGGGUUCGUGACUCGUGAGUUCCUGCGUAGCCUGCGCAAGCCUUUCAAUGAGAUCAUGGAGCCCAAAUUUGAGUUUGCUGUGAAGUUCAAUGCUCUGGAGCUGGAUGAUAGUGACCUGUCUCUGUUUGUGGCUGCCAUUAUCCUGUGCGGAGACCGCCCUGGCCUGAUGAACGUGAAGCAGGUGGAGGAGAUACAAGACAACAUCCUCCGAGCGCUGGAGUUUCACCUGCAGACCAACCACCCGGACGCUCAGUACCUCUUCCCCAAGCUGCUGCAGAAGAUGGCCGACCUGCGGCAACUGGUGACAGAGCACGCCCAGCUGGUGCAGAAGAUCAAGAAGACAGAGACGGAGACAUCUCUACAUCCACUUCUGCAGGAGAUCUACAAGGACAUGUACUAAGGACCUGUUAUUUAUGAGAGAGAGAAGCCAUGGAUUCCCAGCAAGACUCUUUGUACAAAAACAAAGAAAACCCUUCCCCAUGUCUUCCGUUUCUUCUACUGGAAACUUUUUUCUACGUGUUGCUGACGUACGGUACAGAGGGCAAGACGCCAUGAGAUUUUGCAGCCACCACCUGGUAGGCCCAGGCUUCCUUUAACACACACUAACAAAUUUACAAAGGCAAAUCAUAAGCUACUAUUUCCGUUACUGUGGCCCUGCUCUUCAUUGCCCCUGGAGCAGCCAGCUGGUUUACAUGCCAAGGAUGGUGGGGAUCCUGCAGCAGCUUGGGAAUGACAGGGGGAUGCUCCAGUUUUUAGGAGACCAGAGUGAGGUGCAGUUAUCCGGCAGGGCCAGCAACAGCACUUAGGGCGUGUCUUUAUUUUCUUUUUGUAUUGCACUCCGAAGACUUAGUCCUGAGCCUUGAAGUCUAGGACAGUGUAAUGAAAGGAAAUUUCUCUCUUUUGCAAAGAAAAGGGAAAGUAUUUGAAGACGGGUACAGCUGUUCUAGGAGAAGAGACCUUCAGCUGCAGUCCCCCCUCGCUGUACAGCAUAUUCGUGUCUCCAGUAAGAAUCGUGUGAUCUCUGCCUUCCACGAGCGACGUGCGGGAGCCCUCGUCGGUGCGCAAGCACGCACUGCGUGGCCCUUGGUCCUGGUGCGCCCGUUUCAGAGGGAGUCUGCCCUUGGCACCUCCCCAGCGUAACAGAGGGCGGGAUGGGAGGGAAAGGGUUUGGCAGAAGCCAAAAUCUGUUUGCUUCCAGUAUCUGCCCCAGGCCGUUCUGAGCAGAUGUGAGCUGCCCAAAGGCCUGAGGUCUGUGCAGGGCCUGGGGCAGGGCAAGGGUGGGGGAUUAGAUGUCAGAGGCUGCAGUUUUUCUUGCAACUGCAGUUUUCCCUUCCCAAGCCAGGGCUCCUGGGGUUUGGCAGCACAGUCAGCGGCGUGGUCAGAAGAGGCUCCCUGGCAGCGUGGGGCGAUGGGCUGGUGCUGCCCUGCCUGGUACUGCCAGAGCAAGCAAAAGCCUUCCAGCAACAGCAGCAUGAAGGGGCUGCUCUUUGCCUCGGAGAGCCGUGGCCAGCUCACGCUGGCCCUAGGCAGAGCCCUUGAUGUUGAAAAGGCUUUUGCUGGGCCCUCAGAAGCGCUUGCUCCCAGGCUGGGGACCUGCUGCCCCAGGGCACGGUCACCUCUCCCUGCAGCAGCUGGGGCUGAGCCCUGGGCCACGGAGCACGUGGCAGCCCGGGCUCGGGGGGUGCCGCAGGAGAGUUUAGCUCUGGCAAUCCCACGCUUUCCGGGCUGGCGCGCCAGCAGAGCAGCCCCGCAAGAGGUGA